AUUUGCCUUGUUCCAACCUUUUGCAAACCCGCAGGUGGCCAUUUUCAAAGCCAGGCAUUUGCCCUUCGCCCUCAUUCUCCUUGCUUCUGUCCCUUCGAUUUGUCCUGCAUCUGUCAAGUCGCUCUCACCCGUCACAGCGGCAUCCAUCCGGCGUCAAGUUCUUGGUCGGCCUAUUGUUCCCACUUCGCUGGCUCCGUGGUUGGCGAGGGUUUGGCGUUCGUGCCCGCAGGACAUUCAAAUCGUACCUGACUACCACCUACCUACCUCCUCGACCUCUCGACUUCUCAACAUCCCGCCCGACCAUUCCCUACAACGCCCUCACCUCAACUUCUCUCCCCCAUGACAUUUUCGACCCGAGAGCCAUAGUCUGCCCUCGCAGGCGCCUUGAUCAUGCCUCCCGCAGGCACUCUUGCUUUGAGCAGUUUCUUGAAUUCGGCGUCGGCCUCCUCCAGUCGAAAGAGAUCUCAUGAAGAGAUAACCCGAUCACAAAGUCGAAGUGCUACCCCCGACCACGUACCGUCCAAGCGCCGCCGCAUCAAUUACCAACCAACAAACUAUCACCCAACGCCGGAGCCUUCUCGAGACUCGACACCACCAUACCCAGAAUCAACAAUACGGUUUGAAGGCGACGGCUUUGACUACCGGAGACCGACCAUGCCUACACAAGCUCAUCUAGCAACUGCUACCCCUGCCCCGCACGAUGUCACGAUCGAUCUCACUGCGGACAGUGACAGCGAUGACACUUCCACUGCUUCAGAUUCCUCUCUACAACCGAACUUGAGGCAAGUGUCUAGCCAACCCGCCCCGCGAAGUCACUCGCGAACACUACUCGUCAGAACCUGGAUGGCAGUAUCACAGCAACAGCAAAUAGUCCAACAGGAGCAAGAGAUGGUACGGAGACGCCGAGAGAGUGCACAGAGACGACGACAACAACAACUUGAGCAGACGCGACGACAACCUGCCGAGGGACAACAAGAGCUUGAACAGAGACAACAAGAACGACAUGUCCGUGCUCCGCCUUUUGGCCAGAGACCACAAAAUGACCCCCCCGAGAUCAUUGAUCUUUCAGACACUGACGAUUCGGAUUCGGAUUUCGAUAUGGAUGACUUUGAAGUAUCGAUCGACAUGGAGACGCUCAGAUCUGGAUCCGUCUCCCCUGAACCCGCAAGCCCAGAAGUCGAGUUUGUUGAGGAGAGGCGUGUUCCACAGGCUCAGCGUCAGGAAGCAGCAGUCCAAGCGAAUGUCGGUGCCAACGCUCCUCGCACCGACAGAGGUGCACUCGGAUAUUUCCCAGAGAUCCUGAGGAGGUCGACACAGUUCUUGUUUGGGGACAUGCAACAUAUCGCCCCAGGCUACGGCGAAGGGCUUCUGGAUCGCUUGGAUGGAGUCCCGCCUCGUGGCCACAAUGGACGGCACGCCAACGACGGUGGCGACGCUUUCAUCAUCAACCUGGACUACAGACAACCCGCCUUUGCUCUGGCUCCUUUUGAUGUCUUUGACCGCGGCUCUGAAACCCCCCAAGUAGUGCCUGAACCUUAUAAAGGGCCUCCAGCAGCUAAGGAGGGGUUUAUUCGGACCUUCGGAGAGGAAGAUGUCAUACUGUGUCCGAUGUGCGGCGACGAAUUAGCGGUCGGCAAUGCGGACGUCAAGAAACAGGUCUGGGUGGUGAAGAGUUGUGGACACGUCUAUUGCGGCGAAUGUGCCGUCAACCGGUCAAAGUCGAAAGUAUCAAAGAAAGGCAAAGGCAAAGAGCCUGAAAAGAAGCUGGAAUCGUCCCGGUCGGUGCCAUUUACGGUAUGCAACGUCGAUGGUUGUACCAGCAAGGUCGUCAGCAAGACCGCCAUGUUCCCCAUUUACCUGUGAUCGGACGCCCCAAAUUGGCCGGAUGCGGCCACUGAGUGGCAGAUGCAGCCAGACGUCGACCCAGCCAAUGACGAGAUGAAUCUUUUAAUGAAGGAUCGAGGAGUUUUUAUCAUUCCAAUGACAAUUCAACGUUCAUGAUGGGGGUCGGUGCAUAGAUAUCAGAGUCGAAUCAGCCAGAGCACGCUUUAGAUGCCCUCUGAAUGCAUUUGUAACUAUUGGUCAUAUGUGGUAAAUCAAGUGAUGUUCGCC